GCGAGAGAAAAGAAAUCAAUCAAUUUAUACAAGCUCGUCACAAUUAUAUUGGAUAUUGGAAAUCUAGUAGAAGUUAAGGUCACUAGUAUAAAACGCCCAAGGUGCACCCCAUUUAAUUCCUCUCUUCAGUCAUAGGUCAUUUAAUUCAUCGUUCUGGAGUCAUUGGAAUAAACUUCUGUCACUAAUUUCAAACCUAAUCCAAUCUCGACCAAACCUGUUCACAUUCAAGGAGGACACCUACUAACUUGCCUUAAAAUAUGCAGAAUUUCUCCCAUACAAUAUGGAUGGGUGACCUGGAACCUUACAUGGAUGAAAUGUUUAUUAAACGAGCCUUUGAAACAUCAGGUGAAAAUAUAGUGAGUGUAAAAGUUAUCCGGAACAAGGCGACUGGGCAAACUCUUGGUUAUGGUUUCAUAGAGUUUGCUAACUCAACAUCUGCGAGAGAUGCAAUGCUUAAGUUGAAUGGCAAGCUCAUUCCUGGAGCCCCUACCAGAAGAUUUAAACUUAAUCACGCUAGUUACGGGAAAGAUAGCACUUCUAGUAAUGAAUGUUCGUUAUUUGUUGGUGAACUAACAGAAGAUGUUGAUGAUCUUGCUUUAUUCAAUGCUUUUAAAAAAUACCCAACAUGCCGUUCAGCUAAAGUUGUGAUGACAAAUGGCAAGUCUCGUGGAUACGGUUUUGUUCGUUUCCUCACUGAAUCUGAUAUGGAUAAAGCGUUGAUUGAAAUGCAAAAUUAUUGUGGUUUAGGCUAUAAACCGAUUCGAGUGAGUCUUGCUAUUCCGAAGCGUUAUAAUGCAGAUGGAAGUCUGGUUGUUACUACAACAGCAUCUGAGACGAGUUCAGUGGUUCCAAGUGGUAUGCCCGAUCCAUUCACUGCUGCAGUUGCGGCUGCUGUAACGGGGAAUUCUGCAGCUCAAGCAGAAUAUUAUCAAGCUUAUCAACAAUACUAUCAACAGUACUAUGCUUCUCAAUAUGCAGCCCAGUUUUAUUCCAGUGAAUCAUCUACAAAUGGCGACUUAGCUAAUUCUGGAAUAACAUCGAUUGCCGGUGGUGGUACGCUUGUAGGCGAUGCUACAGUUCAACAGCAUGCAUUCGUCGAUGCUGCUGCCUCACAUUUAUAUGCUAGAGCACUUCAGCAAGGCACCGGCUCACAUGAAUAUGCCCCAGAGCCACAUGUUUUAUCAUCAGCUUGUGAUCGUCCACGACAUGUAGAUGAUUUAGAUGAAGUGUUCAAUUUUCUAGAAGCAUCACGUUGGCAUGUCACUGAUCCAUCAUUGGGAUUAUUUAUUAAAAUAAGACCAUAACUAUUUAUUCACCUUUAUUGUUCCUGUUUUUAGUAAAGUACGUUGUAUUUUUAUAAGUUUGAACAAAGUAUAUUGAGUUUCCUUUUUUAAAAAAAAAAGUAUUGGGAUUAUGUAAUGUAAAUACAUUUCAUGUAUAUGUAUGUUUUUAUUUUUGUUUCAUAUGAGUAUUUGAUUAUC